AUGAAUGGCGCCGGCGAGACAAACUCCGGUAACAAUGUUGCCGCCACCAGCAGUACCACGACAACGACAACAACAACAGUAGCGACACCAAGGCGAAAUGGACCCAUGCCGAAUUUCGUGCAGGUCGCCAAAAGCUAUGUCUUUGAACAGGAGAUCCAGCAGUGUCUCAAGGAGACUGGUGUCAGUCAGGCGAGAGAGGACAGCAUGAGACUGGCCGGUGUACAGUGGAUCGAAAAUGUCCGGAGGGCGUUGAAAUUACCGGUCAGGACAUUCAAUACCGCUGUCAUGUACUAUCAUAAAUUCCGACUACAACAUUCUGAUGGAGAGUACGAUUUCGUGCAUGCUGCUGCUGCCGCUCUCUUCUCUGCAUGUAAAGUUGAAGACACAUUAAAAAAGUCGCGAGACAUUCUCUGCGCCGCACACAACCUGAAAGCCGGUCGACACGAGCAAUUAUCUCCAGACGAUCAGUUCUUCGAACACCAAUCCAGAGCCAUCAUCGGUCUAGAACGCCUCAUGUUAGAAGCAUCCGGAUUUGACUUUCGGAGUCGUCAUCCACAGGAACUGCUCAUCAAACUGGCAAAAUUUUACAGAUUUGAAAAGACCUCGCAAGUUGUCAAGACGGCUUACUCCAUGUCUCUCGACCUCUACCGUACCUUUGCACCCCUGAAGCAGCAGUCGGCCACUCUCGCUUUUGCCUGUCUGGAGCUCGCAGGAAGACUGCUGGGCGAAGAGCAUCAGGAGAUCUGGUCCGGUGUGGACUACUCAAGUUGGAAAAUCAACCGGGCGCUCGUCAUGGAAACCCUACUCGACCUCCUUGAACUCUACACACACCACCGCAACCAAACGGCCAUCGGCCCCGAAUUCCCCGUCGACGUAUUCCUCUCCGUACGCAUCCCCCUCAACCAAGAAUCCGAAGCCCGCCGCCUCCCGCGUUUCACGGAAUGGCUCAAAAUCCCCAACGAGAAGAACGUCUCGGGCUAUGGUCCUGUGGCUCUAAAUGGUGCAGCCAAUGGUUCCCAUCAUUCCCGCUCCUCAAGCAAAAACGUCAGCCCCAAGGAUAUGACGAGUCCCAGCACGAACUCGAGUUCUGGCCCGGGCAGUGGCAGUACAGCUGCCACCAGCGUCCCUGGUGCUAGACCGAGAAUUGGCGAGAGAGGGCGCGAGGGCACGAUUCGCUUCAUCCUCAAUCCUGAUCGCGAAAGGGAGGAGAGGGAGAUCGUGGACACGUUUCGCAGGGCAUAA